AAGUUUCAUUAUGUUAUCUCAACAGCAUUUUAAAAAAUUUGACUGUCUCCUUGCUUAAAUUGAUCGUUAGCUUCCUUCUGGAAUAACAAAUACAAUACAAGUUAGUACUUCAAAUUGAAACAGCGUUAGGCACCAACCCUCUUUGCAAUCCAACAUAGAAAGCCUGCUUAAAAACCUACAUUCUCAUACAAGCCACAACCAACUCAUUCUCUCUCUCUUUCUUCUCCAAGCUUUCUGCAGCUCAAAAAUCUCUAUCAACUCUCUUCUCCAGCCCUCUCACAUUUGAUUUUGUUGUAUCCUGGUGCUUUCUGGUCAGUUUAUGGAGUUGUAGGAGCCCUCUGUCAAUAAUCCUGUAAAACUUACUUGCACUCUUUCACAAGGGCUCCUAAAACUCCAAAGCUUUCUACUUCUUUUCAAGCAAAGAUGGGGGAGAUGUCAAGCUUCCAAUUGGGUGUUAUUGGUGCCCUGUUCCUUUCGGUUGCAUCAUCUGUUUCCAUUGUCAUAUGCAACAAAGCUUUGAUGAGCAAUCUUGGCUUCCCUUUUGCUACCACACUUACUAGCUGGCAUCUCAUGGUGACAUUUUGCACCCUUCAUGCUGCACAACGCUUCAACCUGUUCGAGAAUAAAUCAAUCGACAUGAAAACUGUGAUGCUUUUUGGCAUCCUCAAUGGUGUUUCCAUUGGACUUCUCAACCUGAGCCUUGGAUUUAACUCCAUUGGAUUCUAUCAGAUGACUAAACUGGCAAUCAUACCAUUCACUGUAUUAUUGGAAACUGUCUUCCUUAAAAAACAAUUCAGCCAAAAGAUAAGGCUGUCCCUCUUUGUCUUACUUGUUGGAGUUGGCAUUGCCUCUAUAACUGAUCUGCAGCUCAAUCUUGUCGGGACAACCCUUUCUCUCCUAGCCAUUAUAACAACCUGUGUUGGUCAAAUUCUGACAAACACCAUUCAGAAGAGGCUCAAUGUCUCAUCAACCCAGCUGCUGUACCAGUCAGCCCCAUUUCAAGCAGCUAUUCUUUUUGUCUCGGGCCCUUUAGUAGAUCAGUGUCUCACCAAGCAAAACGUGUUUGCUUACAAAUAUUCUCCCAUAGUCUUGGCAUUCAUCAUUCUCUCAUGCGUUAUAUCAGUGUCUGUCAACUUCAGCACAUUUCUGGUUAUUGGCAAAACAUCCCCAGUCACAUAUCAAGUACUCGGCCACCUCAAGACUUGCCUAGUUCUUGGCUUUGGCUACACACUGCUGCAUGACCCUUUCACAGACAGGAACAUCAUUGGAAUCCUGAUAGCCAUUUUUGGGAUGGGCUUGUACUCCUAUUUUUGCACCCAGGAGAACAAGAAGAAACAAGCUGAUCCAUUGGCGUCUCAGAUGAAAGACAAGGAUGCAACACCAUUUCUGGCUAUGGAGAAAGAAGGUCAUGAAGUUAAGAAAUCAGACAAGGAUUCCCUUGUCUAAAGCAAGACAGGAUUUUUUGUCAUAAAAGAUUUUUGUGUAUUAAGGACUUCUUUCCAAACAUUUUGUCUCGAGUACACGUAAAUGACUUUGAUUCUUUAAAUAAACCCCCCCUCAUUUCCCAAUUCCAUUUGUUCUUCCUCUUCACAGCUUAUUGUAAAAUUCAUCGAACCAUAGACAAAAGUGUAAUUCAGCUUCAUUGUUAGCAUUCUCUUGGCUAUGAAACACAA